AUGAUGCUAUAUGUUUUUACAGAAAUUUAAUUGAAUAACAAUUGAUUUAUAAAAUUGUAUAAUUUAAAUUCAAAUAUUUUGGAAAGAUUUUCUGACUGAUUUCCCUCUGUGUUUCCCAUCCUCUUAGCAACAUAACAAUUGCAUAGAAACCUCUGAUUUUGUAUCCAUAUUCUUCAUAUAACGUGUAUGAAAUAUUUUUAUUCCUAGCCAAUAAUGUCAGGUGAGGAGGAAAAGAAAUGCCCUUGCACAGAAAGUCCUACUGAGAGCCAGGCGUCUCUCCCCCUGUGUUUCUGCCCAAAGGAUGAACACGAUCUCGUCAAACAUAACGAACAAUGCAUAUACUUCAGGAAUGAAACGCUUAUAUUUCCGCAGGAGACUGAAGGAUGCCAGUGUGAUUCCCCACCGCCCGAAGACGGCGAGUGCCGGUGCUGCCGCUGUCCCAUCAAUGAGUGCAAAUGCAAUAAAGCUGGCAGAGAAGUUUAUGACGAAUGGCGCAGCAAACGUCCAUUGGGUGCGAUGCCAGCCGUACUCGAAUCCACGCAUCCCUUGAUGCAGCGCUUCCAACAAACCCUCAAGCAAUUCUUGGAGAAAGAAAAUGCUCUCGCCGAGGAGGAAAUCUUAAAUUUGCGCGAUGAGUUGCGACUGAGCAAACAAGGAUAUGAAAGGGAUUUGGAAGCUAUUUAUCGAAGUGACCAUGAUACCAAUGCGCAGAGAGUAUUGAUAGAAGAAUAUGAAACGACAUUAUCCAAGAGCACUUCAGAGAGACAAGCGGCGGAGCAGCGUGCGCGGGACGCGAACGAGCAGUACCAGAAGGCUAAGGAGAAACUUGACCAAAUGAUUAUGACUGAGCGUGAAGCAACAGAAGAAUUAGAAGCGCUAACGAGCUUGUGUCGGCAGCUCGAAGCAUGGCGCGAGGAGACCGAGUCCGACCUGACCGUAAGCCAGCGCAUGUCGGACAAAAUGCGCGCCGAGAAGCGGGCGCUCGCUGACGAGAAGCGGCAACUGGAUAUGAUCAUAUACGGCUUAAGUAAUGAAGUUUGGAAAUUAGAAUCAAAACUAGAAAUGUUCCAAAAGCAACUGGAGGUGAAAAAUAAUGAAAUGGAGAAAGUUAAUGAUAAGGUGACAGCAUACGCAGCAGAACUGGAAGAUUUGGAAUUGGACAAGAAGCGCCUCGUGAGCUUGUGGAAUUCAGUGCUGAUCAACAUUCAGCAGAGAGACAAGGUUUACGAUUCCGUAAGAGACGAUUACAGGGUCCUCCAAGAAAAUUACCGCACGCUGUUAAACAAUUUAGAGAUAACUAAGAAAGUCACGAUGGAAGAAAUGAACAAAGGGAAAGAGCUUGCGAUGAAUAAAGAUAAACUUGAGUAUGAUAUUAUGGGUGCCAAAAAACUUUACGAAACAGAAGAAACAAGGAGAGCUAAUCUAGAAGCCCAAAUUGCACAGCUUACUGAAUCAAUUGAGAUGACGCAACGAGAUCAGGAUAUGAUUAAUUCAGAAAAUCAAACAAUGAGAAACAUUUUGAAAAGCACAGAGAAAGAGUACGAUCAUCGUAUUGAACAAAAAUUGAGAUUAGAGAACGAAAUACUGACCAACCUUCAAGAGUGUCUCUUAAACGACAAAGCAGUAGAGUCCAUGGCCAAUGGUAUCAAGAAGAUGAGGGAAAUGUCUCGUAAACAGGAGAUAAACUUAAUGGCAAUGGAAAAUAAUCACGCAAAGAUGAUGCUCGACAUUGAAGUGAAUAGAAAUAAGCAAGCCAAGAACAAGAUAAUUCUCGAUGAAACGUUAGGUAAAGUGAGAGAGAGGGAGAAAGAAAUCGAGCGUCUCCAAGAAAAGUACGAUCAGAAAUCGCUGGUCAUUCUGAGGAAACAGCGGGAACUUGACAUCAUUGUGAAGAAGUAUAAUGCGCUUAAGGAAGUUUUUGAUUUGAAAUCCCCGCAAGAGCGUCGCAUCGAAGAGCUGGAGCAGCAGAUCAAGACACUGCGGGAGCGCACCGAGAGCAUGCAGCACGAGUGGCUGCGGCUGCAGGGCCACGUCGUCAAACUCACGUCACAGCAUCACAAGAUUAUAUCGGAUGUUAAUCUUAUUAAUAAACAGAUUCAAAUCUGCGAGCAGAAAACAAUGCGCAUACAAGCGGAGUGCGAGCGCGUGGACGAGGAGAAGUCGCGCGUGGAGCGCACGCUGCGCGAGUUGCGCGGCCGCCUCGAGGUGCUCGAGCGCACGAGGAAGGACUCCACUGAGCGGAAUGAGUGCGCGCACAAGACGAACCUCGCUAUUACACAUGAGUACGCGGCUAGCUUGAAGGAUGCUGAAACGGAGAUAAUUCAACUGGAGGAGGAUAUUGAAGCAAUGGAGAAAGAGAAGAUCAAUUUGACCCAAGACCUUGAUCGGGUUCAAAGAGAGGCUUUAAUAUGGCAAAGAAAGGGUAUUCUAGCCGUUGAUCUUAAACGGAACAUUCAAAACGCUAAAUCGGCAGCCGGUGAGAUUGGACAGAUGAGAGCAGAGAUACACCGUAUGGAAGUGCGUCGGGAGCAGCUGCGCAAGACCAGCGAGAAGCUGGCAGAGGACCUGGCGCUGUACGUGACGCGGCGCGAGACGGUGAUGGAGAAGAGCCGCGCGGCCGCCGCUGUGGAGCGCGCGCACGGAGCGGGCCACACCUCGCAGGCCGCCUACCACCACCGGCUGCGGCUCGUGCGUGCCGACGUGGCAAGGGUCACUAAGGAUUUAUCAGAAACAAAGCUGCGCUACGAGUCGCUGCAGAACGAGCAGCUGCGGCUCGAGCGCGAGACGGCGGACACGAGCGCGCUCAACGCGCAGCUCGAGGAGCGAGUCGCCUCACUCAUGCGGGACAUACAGGAGGCGGAGCAGAACAAACAAUGGCUUCUAGAACAAGUGGUCCGCAGCCAGCGCUUGGGUUCCGAACUAGCUACGGCUAUAAAGCGGCAAUCGGUUCGUGUGAGGAAGCCUAGAGCAGUUGUCAUCACAGAGUUCAACCAGGGACAAGCCCUGAACGAUAAACUAAAACACAUUGUUCGCACUAUGACCAACGAAUAUCCCUAUUUGCAAGAUAAACUCGAUAUGAUUGCGAAUACUUUGAAUAUACAUUCACCUAAUGAGUCCCCGAGGUUGGUCGAGGAUUGCACUUGUGAAGUAAAGGAGGAGGGCUUUGAAAAUAUAGCCGAAAAACCAGAUGAAGAGUGAUUUUAGACGAUUUAUUUCUUGUGUAAUGUGUGAAGUGUGUCAUGUUUGCUUAUUUAUUAUACUGCCAGAGCAGUGCGAAUGUAGAGGGAGAAUGAGUG